GGGAGGCCACGCCCCACUUCCGCUCCCCCGUGGCCCCGCGGCCGGGUCCGGAUGCUACCCCCGCGGGCCAGCGCCCGCGCCGAGUGGUAACCGCCCGCCCAUGAGGACGCCCUGUGACCGCGCACCCACCACCCACCAUGGCGGCACGCUGGGGGCAGGCGCUGCUGCUGCUCUUGGCUGCCCAGGCCGCGUGGGCCGCGCUGGGCGCUGAGGACGAUGAGGUCCCGGAGGAGUGGCUCCUGCUGCACGUGGUGCAGGGUCAGAUCGGCGCCGGCAACUACAGCUACCUGAGGCUCAACCACGAGGGCAAGAUCGUGCUCCGCAUGCGGAGCCUGCGCGGCGACGCCGACCUGUACGUGUCCGACCGCACCCUGCACCCCAGCUUCGACGACUACGAGCUGCAGUCGGCCACCUGCGGCCCGGACUCGGUGUCCGUCCCCGCGCACUUCCAGCGCCCCGUGGGCAUCGGUAUCUACGGGCACCCGUCGCACCUGGAGAGCGAGUUCGAGAUGAAGGUGUACUACGACCGGACGGUGGAGGCGCACCCGUUGGCGGAGAGCUCCUACUCCCCGGAGGGCGCUGACCCAGCCCAGCGGCGCGCCCAGGCCCCCGAAGACGCACCCCGGGAGGAGGAGUCCGUUCUCUGGACCCUACUCAUCAGCAUUCUGAAGCUGGUCCUUGAAAUCCUCUUCUGAUGUCCCGGACACGGGAGUGCAGCACCUUCCUCCGUGAAGCUGACUGCAGUGGCUGUGAGCUUGGCUACUUUGACCUGUUUGAAAUUGGGGUUGCUUUUUCUAGCUGGGGAUGGAGAAGUGAAGCCAUACAAUUCUGUUACCUCAGUUACCCGAGAGAAGCGGCAGCAGCAAGCACAGUACUGGUUUUCUAUUAAAGAUCAAAAUUCCUGUCAACGGAGUAUGCACAGUAAAACGUUUCAACUCCAUUCUGAGUAUUUGUCAGGCGACUAAAAAAAUAAUUGCAGUAAUGUAGGUGUACGUAAAAAGCCAAAAUAGCAACUUCUUGUGCAGUUACAGGAAUUAGAUUUAAAAGACUGGUAACUUAUGAUUUUAUUCUAAUUAAAGAUUUCAAUGAAGUUACAAUGUCAGCUUUCAAGAGCUGCUAAAAUCAAGUUUAAAACGUCAGGAGGCUCAUUUAUUUGCUCCUUCCUGGGUGCUGACUAAAGCCCCAGGUGCCUUCUGUUCAAGUUAGCUUCUCGCAGCAGGCAGGUGUGAACAGCGACUGUUCCUGGACCACGUCCAGUUAAGAACAAGUCUAAAUCCAGCUGCACCAUAUUUUAUUAGACCAUGUGUAAACUGCAUCAUCUUGGGCACCUAUUAAUUAAAAUUCCCAGUUAUUAAAAAACAUUGCUGUUAUCUGUGGUAGGCCAGAAACAAUUUACAGGAGAGCCAAGUGUCACGGCAUGAUAGUGACUUCUCAAGCUAAUGGAGGAACAGUUAAGUAUUUCAAAUUAAGUUACUAAGUAAUUCCACUGGAUUUUUGCUGAUAGCCAAACCUCCCAGAAAUGACAUUCCUGAAGAUGAGUUGUUUCUCUACCUGGAAUUAGUUUCAAGGGUAAGAACAGCUAUAACAGAAAUAAACCAACUUGUAGAUUUUAAGCACAGUUAAUUCCAAAAAAUGUUUUAUUAGCAUAAAAAUGAGAAUGUUGUAAAUAAAUUGGCACCAAGUAUUUCACUUAAAUGCAUAUUACAAUGUUGGGGUCAAAAAAUCA